UUCACAAUGCUCUAUCUAAUGACGUACCAAGCCUAUUUGCUGUAUAAUAACUUACACAGUCUGGUCUAAAAACUCAUGAUAAAAACAAAGUCCACAGAAUGUCAGAUGAAGAGAUUCCGUCAACUUCCAGAGAGCAUUUACCCGAAGAUGAAGAGGCAAAAGACCCCCCAUUUCAGCUGAAGCCACCUCCGAAGGCUUUGCCUAAGGCGGAGGGAGCGGUGGAUCCAGAAUACGAAGAGAAAAGGAAAACAGAUAGAGCGAACCGGUUUGAGUUUCUGCUCAAGCAAACAGAACUCUUUGCCCACUUCAUCCAGCCUGCGUCUCAGAAGUCUCCUACUUCACCCCUGAAAGUGAAACUUGGACGACCUCGCGUUAAACAGGACGAGAAACAAAAUCUCCUCUCCGUUGGAGAUAACCGCCACCGACGCACAGAACAAGAAGAAGAUGAGGAGUUGUUAUCUGAGAGCAGGAAGGCAGCUAACGUCUUGGUUCGCUUUGAAGAGUCCCCAUCCUAUGUAAAAAAUGGAGAGCUGAGAGAUUACCAAAUCAGAGGUCUCAACUGGAUGAUCUCCCUUUAUGAAAAUGGCAUUAAUGGCAUCUUGGCUGAUGAAAUGGGCUUGGGGAAGACCCUCCAAACCAUUGCAUUGCUGGGAUACCUGAAGCAUUACAGGAACAUUCCUGGCCCCCACAUGGUUCUGGUUCCCAAAUCAACGCUACACAACUGGAUGAAUGAGUUCAAACGCUGGGUACCAACCCUUAAGGCAGUCUGUCUCAUCGGGGACAAGGAUGCAAGAGCGGCUUUCAUCCGUGAUGUUAUGAUGCCAGGGGAAUGGGAUGUUUGUGUCACAUCCUAUGAGAUGGUCAUCAGAGAGAAAUCUGUCUUCAAGAAGUUCAACUGGAGAUACCUUGUCAUUGACGAAGCUCAUAGGAUAAAAAAUGAGAAGUCUAAGCUCUCAGAGAUUGUCCGUGAGUUCAAAACCACCAACCGUCUCCUCCUGACUGGAACACCUCUGCAGAACAACCUCCAUGAGCUGUGGUCACUCCUUAACUUCCUGCUACCUGAUGUCUUCAACUCUGCCAACGACUUUGAUUCUUGGUUUGACACCAACAACUGUCUGGGGGACCAGAAGCUGGUGGAGCGUCUGCAUGCGGUGCUGAGGCCUUUCCUUCUGCGUCGCAUUAAAGCUGAAGUGGAGAAAAACCUGCCUCCCAAAAAAGAGGUGAAGAUUUACCUCGGACUGAGUAAGAUGCAGCGAGAAUGGUACACACGGAUUCUGAUGAAGGACAUUGACAUCCUCAAUUCUUCUGGAAAAACUGACAAGAUGCGUCUCUUGAACAUCCUGAUGCAGCUGCGGAAGUGCUGCAACCACCCAUACUUGUUUGAUGGGGCCGAGCCUGGACCCCCCUACACCACCGACACUCACCUGGUAACCAACAGCGGCAAAAUGGUGGCCCUGGACAAACUGCUGCCCAAAGUCCAGGAGCAAGGGUCUAGAGUCCUCAUCUUCAGCCAGAUGACCAGGGUCCUUGACAUUCUUGAGGACUACUGCAUGUGGAGAGGUUAUGAGUACUGCCGUCUAGAUGGGAACACUCCACACGAAGCCAGACAGGAAGCCAUAGAGGCCUACAAUGCUGACAACAGCAGCAAGUUCAUUUUCAUGUUGAGCACCAGAGCUGGAGGUCUGGGCAUUAACCUGGCAACUGCAGACGUCGUCAUCCUGUAUGACUCCGACUGGAACCCUCAAGUGGACCUGCAAGCAAUGGACAGGGCUCAUAGAAUUGGUCAGAAGAAACCAGUGCGUGUGUUCCGCCUCAUCACUGAUAAUACAGUCGAAGAGAGGAUUGUAGAGAGAGCUGAGAUGAAGUUGAGGCUAGACUCCAUUGUUAUACAACAAGGGAGGCUGAUGGAGCAGUCCAACAAGCUGGGGAAAGAUGAGAUGCUGCAGAUGAUCAGGCAUGGGGCCACUCACGUCUUCGCCUCCAAAGACAAUGAGCUCACGGACGAAGACAUCAACACCAUCUUAGAGAGGGGGGCAAAGAAGACAGCUGAGAUGAACGAGCGCAUGGAGUCUCUGGGAGAGAGCUCCCUCAGGAACUUCACUGUGGACACCGGAGGAGCAGAGACCAGCCUCUACAACUUUGAAGGGGAAGACUACAGAGAGAAGCAAAAGCUGAGUAUGAUGGAAUGGAUUGAGCCUCCUAAAAGAGAGAGGAAAGCCAACUAUGCGGUCGAUGCCUACUUCAGAGAGGCCCUGCGUGUCAGUGAACCUCGAGCCCCCAAGGCCCCACGUCCCCCCAAACAGCCCAACAUCCAGGACUUCCAGUUCUUUCCCCCUCGCCUGUUUGAACUGCUAGAGAUGGAGAUCCUUUUCUACAGGAAUACUAUUGGCUACAAGGUGCCCAGGAGCCCUGACAUUUCUAACUCUGCUCAGGUGCAGAAGGAGGAGCAGAGGAAGAUCGACGAGGCAGGGCCCCUCAGUCCUGAGGAGACUGAGGAGAAGGAGAAGCUUCUUACACAGGGGUUCACAAGUUGGAACAAGCGAGAUUUCAAUCAGUUCAUUAAAGCCAAUGAGAAAUAUGGCCGUGAUGACAUCGACAACAUCGCUCGGGAAGUCGAGGGGAAAAACCCUGAAGAAGUAAUUGAAUAUUCUGCCAUUUUCUGGGAGCGGUGCAAUGAACUCCAGGAUAUUGAGAAAAUCAUGGCCCAGAUCGAGCGGGGUGAGGCCCGCAUCCAGAGGAGGAUCAGCAUUAAGAAGGCACUGGAUGCUAAGGUUGCGAGAUACAAGGCCCCAUUCCACCAGUUGAGGAUUCAGUAUGGCACCAAUAAAGGGAAGAACUACACGGAGGAGGAGGACAGGUUUCUGAUCUGUAUGCUUCACAAGAUGGGCUUCGACAAGGAGAAUGUUUAUGAGGAACUCCGACAGUGUGUCCGGAACGCUCCCCAGUUCAGAUUUGACUGGUUCAUCAAGUCCCGAACUGCCAUGGAACUCCAGCGACGUUGUAACACUCUCAUCUCCCUCAUCGAAAAAGAAAAUAUGGAGAUUGAGGAAAAGGAGCGUGCUGAAAAGAAGAAAAGGACACCAAAAAGCCAGACGGCUCACAAAAGGAAGGCAGAUGCGUCAUCAGAAGGCACAGGACGCAAAGAGAAGAAAUCGAGAGCCUGAAGAUGUCAUGUAAUUAAUGUAGCUCCCAGCAGGCCCAAUCCUAACUUGAAAGAUAAGUAAUUUGAUCAUUUGAUUUACGCACACAGUUCUCAAGUUAGGAUUUGGCCCAUCAAAAACAAACAGCAUUAAUCACCCACACAAAAAAUACAAACACAACCUUCAAUAGUUUUAGUAAUUUCUGUGGAAGUGUGGCUUCUAAUUUUUAAGACAUUUUGUAUUACUCUUUUUUGCAAUUGUUUGAUGACCUUUGAAACUCAGCAUGCUAUAUGUAAACUCAGCAAAAAAAGAAACGUCCUCUCACUGUCAAAUGCGUUUAUUCAGCAACAUGUGUAAAUAUUUGUUUGAGCAUAACAAGAUUCAACAACUGAGACAUAUACUGAACAAGUUCCACAGACAUGUGACUAACAGAAAUUGAAUAAUGUGUCCCUGAACAAAGGGGGGGUCGAAAUCAAAAGUAACACUCAGU